AACUCAGUGACCUGAGAGACGUAGGCGGUGAAGGGAGUAAGCGGUAGCAGAGCGAAAUACGUCUGUUUAAGGUCUGCGAUGGAUACACACCGAAUGGAAACUUUCUUCUUGGUUUUACUUUCUAUUUUUGCCUUCCACGUAACCUCGGGUUUGCUGGAUCCUUCCCGUAUUGGUGUAGAACUUCAAAAGUUUGCCAGGGACGCGCUUGGAGUAGAAGAUAUGCAGAAAUAUCUCGAUGGUCUUCAGUAUCAUAAAAGGACGAUACAAGGAGCGGACAUUACCCCUGACCUGGCCGUUAAACUUUCCGAUAAGUUCAAAGUAAGGUUUCAAGUUGCCAAACGUCUCAAAAAAGCUGUAGAGGAGUCGUAUGCCAGGACGGAAUCUGCUCAGGUAUCUCCACAGAAAGAAUGCUGCAAGGUGGACAAAUCGACUUUGAAAUACGAUGUACGAUUCCGUUCCAAGGUGGACCUAGACAAUGUCUGUUUGAAAAUAUCUGGCAGCGCCCAUCCAAAUCCGCGUUAUUUAGAUGAGGGUGUCGUAAACGAAAUGAAAGAUAUCUCAAGAACUUAUCCCUUUAUCAAGUGGCAAUACUUUGGGUCAGAACAAGGAGUCAUGACCAAUUUCCCAGUGUAUGAUGAUAAAGACGCUUGCAAUAGAUAUGACCCUCGUUUCAGACCAUUUUACGUGGAAACUGCAACACCAGAAGCUAAAGAUGUGGUGCUCGUGAUCGACACAAGUGGAUCUAUGGACACAACAAAAUUAAACGGCGCUAUUCAAGCUGCUAACACAGUGUUAGAUACUAUGAAUCCCAAGGACCAGAUUGGAAUUGUUUCAUUCAACGAUGGCGUUUCAACACCAGGAGAACUUGGAAUAAGAAGCCCUUGCUAUAGUGUUAGGUUGGCCCAGGCGAUCCCUACAAAUAUCGGAGAGAUGAAAGACUACGUUCGCAACCUGAUACCGCACGGUUCCACCAAUUACAAACUAGCCUUUGAAAAAGCAUUCAGUCUGCUUAAGAACUCAAUUUCUGGGGAAGAGAGAAAAGGGAAGAAAAGAGUCAUCUUAUUCAUGACGGAUGGCGCUCCAGCUGAUCCAGUAAAAGAUAUUUUUCAAACCAUAAGGGAUGAAAACUUUGCGCUUAACAACUCUGUUGUAAUCCUGACUUAUGGAUUUGGAGACGCCGAUUCUGCGAUUCUUGAGGACAUAGCGAAUCAAAACACACCAAAGUAUGGAAUACCAGCCAACGUUUCUGUUGGUGAUAUCACACCUGGAAGAUAUAAAUUCGUGCAAGACAUAAACAACCUGAGAGGUGAAAUGGCUACGUACUACAAUUUGUUUUCGCUGGGGACCCAGUUCGAUCCAGUUGUUUCUGUUCCGUACAUUGAUGCCUUUGGAACAGGACUUUUGAUGUCGAUUACCCUGCCCUGUUUUCAUUACGGGAAAUUUAUUGGCGUCACAGGCACCGACAUCAAUAUUGAAGACUUGUUGUCAGACAUAACUUUUUUCAAUCAAGACCAGAGUACCUAUGCGUUCAUGAUCGCUAAUUCGGGGAGGACCCUCAUUCAUCCUCUCCUCCCAGCGCCCACUCAUGCUUACGGGGAGCCUGUUUAUUUGGACAUCAGGACCUUGGAACCAGAGAAAGAGUUCGAGGAAGUCUUUGAAUCAAUACAAAAGAGAAUUGCAGGUUACAAAACAUUUGUUGCAAAGCGAUUUUUGCCACGAGGUGGAACAGAGAAGGAAGGAGUGACAAUGCAGGAAGUUAAUGCUACAUAUUUCUGGACGCCAAUCGAGGACAUCGACUUCUCCCUCGGCGUCGUUGUGCCAGUAUCCCAUUCAAAGGAUGAGUUAACUUCGCCAUCACUUUCAAAUGGAUACAAGUUUGACUACCACCGAAUAGACCUAUAUAAUCCUGGAAAACUAUGUUCUCAUUUUGGAACAAAUGCGACAAAAGACACAACAGUGGUUAAGUUUGCUCCAGGGGCGUUCAAGGACCCAUACAACUACAUUGGCAUGGAUGAAACAAAAGCUGAUGUUGAGUUAUUAAAUGCUUACAUGAAAGAUGACACUGGAAAAGUGGCCAACCCUGGCCUGAAAAAUGAUAUCAGGGGCACAGUGAGAGCAACGUCGAAAGUGGAAGACCUGUGGCUGCGUGAAAAAACUGACCUCACGCAGUAUUUGGUUUGGCGCUACUUUGGAACAUCAAAUGGAAUCUUUAGGUUCACUCCAGGCACCACUGAAAACAAACUUUACGACCCUAGGCAAAGACCCUGGUAUCUUACCGCCUUGGCUCACACCGGAUUAAUUGCUCUUACAACUCCGUAUUUGGAUAUCGGAGGAGCCGGAGUAGUGAUAACCGCUGGCCGUUCUUUGCACCGCGGAGAGUCGAGUCACGUUCACAAAAGCAAUGAUGAAGUGUUUGGAGUUAUGGGGGCUGACUUUCCCCUCACGUAUUUCCAUAGGUUGCUAACUGAUGUGUAUCCAAAAUGUAAGGAGACCAAAUCGUACUCUUGUUUCGUAAUGGACAGCGCUGGCUUUCUUAUCAUGCACGAGGAUUUCUUACUUUCCUCAGCCACAGCGUCAGAUCUACAAUAUGUACAUAUUACAGAGAAAGAAAAGAACAUCGCCGAAGACCUUAUCAAGAAAGAUUAUUUGAUAAAAAAGCAGUGCCGCCAUCUGGAUGAGAUUCAGAAACAAAGCUUUUAUGAAGUUAAUGAAGAUAAAAUGCAAAAAAAUGGUGGAGUAGAUACUCUAAGAAGUGACGCAAGAUGCUCGAAAUACCAACUAAGACAAAUCAAAGGAACCAAUGCUUACUUAGGAGUUGCUGUUAGAGACUCAUUUUGUCCUCAAGAGGCAUGUUCCUGUUCUUCAGAUAAUGUUUGCUUUCUUCUCAACCCUACGUGUGAGUGCCCUUGUACAUCACCCCUGGAGUUUCAUUACUGUCGCAGCCUUCUCCCCAAUAGGAGCCUACCAAUCUGCCCACCUUCAUUACCAAGUGCUGAACCAACAAGUGAUCCCACCCCUUCUUUUUCUUGCGAUUCUGGAUCUGGAUUAGAGAAGUGCUUCAUUCCUCACUGUGGUAAGAGGAACACUUCACAAGAGUGCGACGGCGUAGUGGGAUGCUACUGGUGCGAACACGACAAGGAUGAUAUACUAUUGAAUAAACCGUACUGCGCUGGUGCUGACGUUUGCUUCAGAGGAAAGGAAGGUUAGCUGCUAUCUUCUUGCUCAACUGAUAAAGGAAGGUUAGCUGCUAUCUUCUUGCUCAACUGAUAAAGGAAGGUUAGCUGCUAUCUUCUUGCUCAACUGAUAAAGGAAGGUUAGCUGCUAUCUUCUUGCUCAACUGAUAAAGGAAGGUUAGCUGCUAUCUUCUUGCUCAACUGAUAAAGGAAGGUUAGCUGCUAUCUUCUUGCUCAACUGAUAAAGGAAGGUUAGCUGCUAUCUUCUUGCUCAACUGAUAAAGGAAGGUUAGCUGCUAUCUUCUUGCUCAACUGAUAAAGGAAGGUUAGCUGCUAUCUUCUUGCUCAACUGAUAAAGGAAGGUUAGCUGCUAUCUUCUUGCUCAACUGAUAAAGGAAGGUUAGCUGCUAUCUUCUUGCUCAACUGAUAAAGGAAGGUUAGCUGCUAUCUUCUUGCUCAACUGAUAAAGGAAGGUUAGCUGCUAUCUUCUUGCUCAACUGAUAAAGGAAGGUUAGCUGCUAUCUUCUUGC